GGCGUUUCAGGCUAAUUCGAAGACAUAGGGAGACAAGGAGUGCCAUCCGGACCACAGAUCAUCCAUUGAUCUGCGAAGUGAUUCCACGCGAUGGAGUCGGCAUCGACGGCAUCAGCGACGGAGGCAGCGCCCGAAGAUGCAAAGCUGCACGAGAGAUACCAGGUCACGUUGGCACCGCAUCACUCACUGUCUAUAUCUGGGGCAGCACAGGUGUUCGUUGUUUACAGCGUGUUUUUGUCGCCUCUCUUGUGUCUGUCUGACUGUCUGUGUGUGUCUGGCUGUGUGUGUAUGUGUGUGUGCAGGUGGUGAUAUUGGCCGGCGGGACGGGCCACAAGCUGCGAACCUUCACCGAAACCUGCCCCAAGGCACUGCUGCCUAUUGCAAACAGGUCAGUGAGAAGCACCCACACACAGACAGACAGACAGACCAUGUGUGUGUCCGUGGCUGCACCCAAUCGACCGAUCAGGCCGAUGAUAUGGUACCCGAUGAAGAUGGUGGAGCAGUACGGCUUCCAGGAGGUCAUCAUCCUCACACGCACACACAUGGAAGCCGACAUACGCCAGGCGCUCGAGAGGCAGCAGCAGGAGACCGCCGACAUUGGUGUGCGGUGGGAGGUGGUGGCAUAUGAGGACGAGGACGAGCUGAUGGACACUUUCGAGGCACUCGCGCACCUCGAGGGGCACAUACAGGUGAGCAGGGUGAUGCCGUGGCUGUGUAUGGGAUUUCUUUGUGGUCUCUCUCUCUCUCUCUCUCUCUGGUUCUGCAUGUGCAGAAGGAUUUCUUUGUGUUGAGUUGCGACCUGGUGGGAGAUGCCAACCUCAGGGCGCUUGACGGUCAGGGAGUGAGCGAAUGAUCGAAUGCAGCACCGCAUGUCUGUCUGUCUGCCUGGUAUUGCUCAUGGCCCCCCGGGUACAUCCAUCCAUGCAGGGGUGCAUCGGCAGGGCGGCGACGAGUCGAGAAACGCGUGCUCCAUCCUUCUCGGCAAAUAUGGUGGGUGGCCAUCAGAAACUCAGACACAGACACCGACACAGACACGCGUGAUGUCUGUCAGUUGAGGAGCCGCCUAAGGGCAAGGCGCCCCCCAAGCCACAAUCAAAGGGCAUCAAACAGCUCGUCAAGGUGAGACGGGAGAACACACGCACCCACACGCACAGGGAACGUCGAGUCACGCCUCCGAUCUUUCCGUUUUCUCUCUCUCUCUCUCUCUCUCUCUCUGUGUGUGUGUGUGUGUGUGUUAGGACAAUCCUGCCCUUUGCUCGGCCGUGUUGCAGUACCUCCCGUCACCACCAGCAGCAUCAGGGGUCGGCUUCGAGGAGGCGCCCAUUGCCAGGGUCCUCAGAAUCACCGACCUGGAAGGUGAGACGAGACGCACGCCCACCCACUGAGCGGUCCGCAUGCGUUCGUUGCAUGCGCCUCAGGCAAGAACCUAAGCGACCCCAAGACUCGCGUGUGUGACGAGGGCGGCAUCAUGCUCCUCAACAAACUCGCAAUGCACACAUUCGGGUGGGUGAGCAAAGAAGCCAGACAAGGACGCGCACACACGUGCACACACAAACAGCUUGUUUAUGUCUGCGAUCGAUCAGGUGUCAGUUUCUGAUGGGUACCUUCCAGGAUCUGCACGUGUACCUCUUCAGCAAGAGCGUCCUCUCACUCGUGCGCAUGAAGGAACAAGAUGAUGACCAAGAUGAUGACGAGGAAGAUGACGAUGACGAUGACGAUCUCGAUGCCGGUGGUGGUGGUGGUGCGAGAGGUGCGGGUGAAGGUCCGCGUCAAAGCCCGCCCGUCAAGGCGUUCGUGCAGGACAUCAUCUCUAUCAAGGUGCGGGUCGGUGGUGGCCAGCACGGCUGUGCAUGCGUGUCGGUUUUGCGUGUAUGUGUGUCUGCAGAAGCAGUUGGUGCCCUUUCUGGUGAGGCGGCAGCACAGCAUCGACGCAGAGCGUACGAGAACACACACCACAUUACACCACGACCACCAAACCACACGUCACGGCUCUCCCCCUCUCUGUCGCUUCAUGAUCAGAGUGGAGUGGUGUCAGCGAUCCCCGUGCAGCCCCGCCCGUCACCCACAACGAGCACCUAGACGCCAAUUCCAUCACUCUACAAGACGCAGCGACGCUCAAACCGGUCGGUACCUGCCCACACACACACACACACGAUGACACGAACACACACACACAUGUGUGUGUGUGUGUGUGUGUGUGUGUGUGCAGAGGGGUGCGGCGGAGGUGCGGGCGUACGUGCAGGAAAUCUUCCCCCUCGACUCGUCCCACCCCUCCCGCACCGCUUCCGUGUGCGAGAGGGUCAUGACCAAGGCCAUGUACCGAACACUCAACCUCAAGGCAAGCUGCCCUCUCCCUCUCUCUGUGUGUGUCUCUCUCUCUGUCUACACACAUCGUCUUUGUAUCUUUGUAUGUGUGUGUGUGUGUGGUCGUGUAGCUGAUUGGCAAGGACAACACGGGUUUGCCAUUGUGGCUGAAGCCGAGCCGCGCUGACCCCGACCAGAAGGACACCUCCAUCAGCAAAGAGGAGCUACGCGUAAGCUAAGCAGAGAGAGAUGCACUUGCGUUGCCUGGAUGUGAGAAAUCUGCGGCCUUUGUGUAUGUGUCCGGUUGUUGUAUGUGUGUGGUGUGUCGUCAGUUCCGCUCUGACAACCUGUUUGCGCCCGACUCCUUUCCAUUGCUCGACAACCCCAACUUCAGCGAGAACGGCAUCAAGGCCACCAAAACGGUCUUCGGUGAGAAGAAAAAGCAGGGCAGACGAAAUACAUCCAUCCGGGAUGGAAGGAUGCAUUGACAUUGACGGCGGAGUGUGUUGUGUUGUGUUGUGUGGGUUGUGUGGAUGAAGGUCGGAAUGUGCGUGUGGGGUGUAAGGUGAAGGUCAGCGAGAGCGUUAUCAUGGACAACGUCACCAUACAAGAUGGGUAAGGAAGUGGGUGUGGCGGCUGGGGAGGGAGGGAAGGAAGCUGGAAAUGGGGAAGACAGACGCACACACGGACAUCAUUUCGUCCCCCUCUCUCUGUGUUGUGUCGUGUUGGUGUGUCGUGUGUCGUGUGUGGUGUGUGCAGUUGCAGCUUGAAGGGCUGCAUCGUGGGCCGGGGCAUCACCAUAAACCAAGGCAGCGUGGCAAGCAAACCAAACCAGCCAGGCAUAACACACGCUUGUCAGUGCAGUGCCAGCAUGUAUUGUAUUGUGUGGUGUGCAGCUCAAGAACUACAGCGCCGCCGAGGGGGAGGACAUCGAACCUGGAGGUACGUGGGUGGGCGGUGCCUUGUGUGGCCUCCUGUGUGUGUGUGUCUGGAUGCAUGCGUGUGUGUCUAUGCAGAGGUGUGGGAGGACAAAGACUUCAACGAGUGAUGAUUGGAUGGACGGAUGGACAAGAAUGUGUACGCCGAAGAAUCUAGUGGAGCGGCUCACAUUGUGUGGGAUGGGUUGUGAUUGUGCUCAUGUGACGAC